AUGAAUAAUACUCUAUCAUUAUUUCCAGGUGAGAAUUUAUUUUGGUUAAGUAAAUUACCCACAGGAAAUUUAAUUGUUGGUGAAACAAAUGUUAAAAUUCAUAUAAAAGAAGGAUUAACUGUUGAUACAUAUGAAAAUUUAUUAAAAACCAAAAUUGAAUAUUAUAUAAAUCAAUUAAGAAUUCUUAAAAUUGUGAAUACAAAUGAAUCGAAAAAUGAAAUUAAUGAUAUGAUGAAUUAUUUUCAAAAUAUGGAAAGUUCAUUAUUAACAAAUCAAGAUGAUGUGAAAAUACUUCUUAAUGAUUCUAGUUUACGUGCUCGUUUACAAUAUUUAAAAACAUCGAUUAUUCGUAAAAAGAAAUCAUUUGUUAUGCGAAUGUCUCAAAUUGCUAAUGAUGAUAAAGUUUCACAAUUGAAUUCUGCACAACAAGCGGACUAUUUACGUGCAGUUGAUAAUACUUCUAAAAAUGCUCGUGGUUUAGCACGACGUGCUGUUACACAGGGAUUAGAUUUUAAUGAAAUUCUUCGUAAAGAAGUACGAAUUAUGGCUGAACAUAUUCAUGAAUUACAAGAUAUUGAUGAUAAUAAUCAUUUAGUAUCAUUUUUUUCUCAAGAUACGACACUUGGUGGAAUUCGUACUGUUUGUCAAUUAGUUACGGAUAAUAUGCUAGAUGAUAUUGAUGCAAAUGAUAUUUUACGAAUGAUAAAUAUAGUUGGAGUAGGUUGUUCAGGUCCAAUUGGUGAAUUUCCUGAUCCGAUGACAUGGAGAGUUAAUGAAAUCUAUGUAGGUUGUUAUGUUAGUUUAUCCGAUGUUUUAACAGCUUUUAUGCAAUCACAAGGUCGAUCAUUACAAGCACCAGCUAUAAAUAAAGAUAUUACAAAUGUUAUUCCUAUUAUUGAAGAUGAACGUAUUGCAAAAUUUUUACAAAAAUAUGCACCUUCAUUAUUAGAAUAUACUUGUUCAAUUGGUAUGCGACGCUUAUUAGCCGAUGUUCCAAUGACUGCUGGUUAUACUAUAUGUGCUGGUGUUUGGAAAUUAAUUGAAGAUUUAAAUAUAAAUAAAUCCGAAAUACAUUUAAAAACUUUUAAUGAAGUAGUUAAAACAUAUGAAAUUGUUGUUGGUAAUUAUUUUCAACAUAUAAUGCCUUAUAUUAAACAACAACAAAAUAAUCAACUAUCUUAUUAUAUUGCAAAUAAUGGAACAACAAAUAUGAUAAGUCCAUUUAUUAAAUUAUAUCGUGAAAAUGAUACAGCAAAAUUAGAACAAAUACCAAAAAUUUUACGAGCUUUAUAUACUUAUGAAAUUUGGCAAGCCAUUCGACGACAAUAUAAAAAUCGUGAUGAUUCAGAUCAAAUUGCACAAAAAAUGCUUGAUCAAUUAAUUGGACUUGAUUUAAAUAAAUAUAAAACAUCAUUACAACCAUCAUUUGAAGUUGAACCAUCAUUAAAUGAAAUACAAUUUCAUGACCAAAUACAUACGGAUGAAAUAUAUUUAGAUGAAUUACUCAAAACAGUUUAUUAUGUUGAUUAUAUUACUUUAUUACCUAAAUAUAUAUCUGCUGUUAUUAAUAAUAAUAUUGAUAGUAUGAAAAAUAUUCCGACAAUUAAUGAAAAAUUUAUUUGUGAAGAAUUACAAAUCAAUUAUGAUUUAAAAACGUUUAAAUUUUAUAAUGUUUUUCAAGCACUUGUAUAUACUAGUAAAGCUAGUCGUGUUGAUAGUGAUAAUGAAGUAAUGAAAAUGAUUGAUUUAGUUGAUGAACAAGCAGCAAAAAAAGUUGUACAAGAUUAUAUACGAAAACGAUUUGAAAAUCAAUAUGCAACUGAUUUAGCAUUAAAAGGACGUUCAGAACGUACAGAAUUAUCUACAAUUUUAGUUCAAUCAAUUCUACAAGCAACGGAUCAUAGUCAAGUAGUUCAAUUAAUGCGAGAAGGUUUAACUCGUGGUAAAAUUCAAUUAGCGAUAGCAAAUUCUUCAAGUUUAGGAUUUAUUGAAUUAAAAAAUAAAUUAUUAGAUUUAAAUGAAAAUGUUCCACGACGUUUAGAUAUUAUUAAAAUAUUUUUAUUAGGAAGAGAUUAUAAACAAAAUGAUGAACCUGUUUGGAAUAAUGGAAAUGUUUUAUUUACACCUGAUUUACGUGAAUUUGAAAAUAUUUUCAAUACAUUAGGUUUUGAUGGUGAAUGGGCAAAAAUAAAAGAAGAAUAUAUGAAACGUAAUUUACAUGUUUAUCGAGAUGGAUUUAAUCGACAUGGACAUGGUAAUACAAAACCAUCGUAUUGGGCAUAUGGAUAUAUGACAUUACAAAUGUAUAAAGAUACGAUUUCGCCUGAAGAAUUUCAAGAAUAUUGUAAAAUUCAUCAUGAUUGUUGUGGAGUUUCAUCAUUUUCGAGUCUAUUAACAUAA